UAGUAAAAUGAAAUGCCAAAAAACAAUCGGCGAGUUUUGCUAGUGCUUUAUCAGAAUUUUCAGCAUUUUUCAGCGCAAUUUUUAUUUUGCAUUACAAUUUUCUAAAUCAAAUUAGAACAAAAACAAAUUUUUUCUAGCAGUGUGUGUGUGAAGUGCAAAGUUAUAUAUAAUUUGCAAUAAUAUUGUCUGCAAAAGAUUUUUUGUGUUGAAUUAUUGAGCGCGUGUCAAAUAUAAAAGCAAUUAACAGCCGCAAGCAAACGACGUUCUUUUGGUGACAUUAAUUUCAGUGAAUAAAGUGUUAUAGCAAUUAUAUGGCCGCUGUUGAAAUCUAUGUCCUCGUUACCUUUUAUAUUUAAUUACUUAUAAAACAAGUUAAAAGUGUUACAAACGAUUUACAAACGCUCGCAUUUCGACCAUUGACCGCCGGUUGUUAGCGCCAUCGAUUUUGCAACAGUCUCAUUAAACCAAUAACAACAAAACAUAUGAAGAAAACAAUAAAUAUAUACAUAUAAAUAGUUUGUAGCGAAUAUGGGACAUUAAAUUGCCAAGUGUCAGUAUCACUUUAUUUACAUCUGCAUAGUGUUGAACGGAAUUUUUUAUCAACUGUAUUUAUUGAUGUUUUCUGUGGUCAGUGGGGGCUUAAGUGGAGGUAGCGGUGUUGGUGAAGAGAAGCGUCUUGACGCGAUGAACGCUGUUUGUGUUUAUGUUUCUACCGCGCAACUAGUGCUGCAGUUUGAUACUACUGCUGAAAAUAACGGUCUUGGUGAGCAACGCUUGCAUGACCUUACUCGCUUGUUUGGACAACUUCGGCAACUACUUUCUUGUGCUGUUUGUGCCCGCCUUCUAAAUGAUCCCUAUGAGCCUUUAAAUAAUGCGCGAUGUCAACAUAACGUGUGUAGGUUAUGUGUUCGUGGACGUAAAGCACUGCGUCCCUUAUGUAUAAAUUGCAAAGAUUUGCAGGAUUUUAAAACAUAUGCGGAGAAUAAAACUAUGCGUUGCCUUCUACUUUGUUAUAAAAGCCUUUGUGAGCAUUUAUUGUCAACGAAUUUUUACAAUCAGCUAAGUCGCCAAAAGGCGCACCAGGCGCUCACAUGUAGUGGAGAAAAUGUAUUCGGUGUAUCUGCAAUGCCACAUAUGACAACUUGCGGUGAUAUUAUACAAGAGGGCGCACGUUAUGAUGAUAUAUUAAAUGCUUUUAGUGCGGAUUUACCACAAUUUGGAUCGGGAAUCAAAAUACAAAAUACGCUUCUUACAAUACCAGCGGCUGUUACAAGUGUUUCAAAUCAGUCAGCACCGAUUGUGAGUGCUGUAACGCCGUUGGCACCUUUAUUAGUGCCUCAGAAAAGGAUUCAAACCCAGACCGCCCCUCGUCUUUCAACUUCUCCAAUUGCACCCGCGACGUCAACUAACAACGCAUUAACUUUGCUACCAACACACACUGCUAUCAUCAAGCGGGAACAGACCAACAACCAUGGCAGCUCUACCACCAGCAAUGCGCACAUUCUAAUGACAUCAAAAGUUAAUGUGACAAACCAACAACAGCAACAGACGCACGGUCAGUCGCAUAUGUUGUAUGUUAAGAAUAUAAAAACUAACGCCAGUGAAUCUAAUAAUAUACAAACACCACAUUUAUGCGCUACCCAAUCAAUUGUGGGUAGCAGCAACAGUAGCAUUGCCUCACUAUCUGCGCCUCCCACAAUUACUUACGUUGGUCCCAACACUCCUGGUAUUGUGGUACCGAUUGUAUCGUCAUCCGCCACCACCACUGCUCCGUUGACAAUAGCCUCCGCCAAACUACAAUCCCUUAAACGUCAACUUGCGCAAGCGCAAGCACGAGGCGGUGCUCCAAUCAGCAUAGCUUCAGCAGUUAAAGCGGCCGGUCUAAAUAACUCGGAUAACAAUGCCUCAGUUACUUUUAAAGUAUCUGCGUCUGUAACACCCUCUUCAGCAAUCAUCUCUUCGGCAACUACAGGUGCAGUAGCGUCGCCUACAUCGGCGACCAGCACACCUGCAACGACAACCACUGCCACAAUUACUUCACAACAAAUACGUAAUCCACCCUCCAUAAAAACGGUUUCCAAUGGUUCAGCCAUGUAUUCUGUACUCUACACUGGUGUCGGCAAUAAGAUUACAAUUAAAAGGAAAACGGAUGCAGAUGAGGAAAACGGACAGAGGAAGACUGUUGCAACAGCAAUAUCAACGGUGUCAACACCCACCUCAACACCUGCGCCAAUUUGUAACACAAUUGCAACAACACAACAACAAACUCAGGCCAACAAGUUGAAUGCGAAGCGUAGAGGUUGUCGAUGCGGCAAUGCCACACCAACGCCUGGUAAACUGACUUGUUGCGGUCAACGUUGUCCCUGCUAUGUGGAUUCCAAAUCUUGCAUAGGUUGCAAAUGUCGCGGCUGUCGAAAUCCGCAUCGCCCGGAUGGCGGUAAAGUGCGUCCAGUAAUACCAGAACUGGCGUGCUAUGAAAUACAAGUCGCCGACGAAACACCCAGAUUAAGCCCAAACGAGCUGCAGGUGGGUAACACUAUGACAGUUCGCGCCCACAACACAUCCACGGCAACAACAACUUCACCGCUACAACACCCAGCGCAUCAACAGCAGGCCAUAACAAUUGUGUCCGAACAGCAGAGCACUUCAACUGCAACAUUAUCCUCACCAUCAAUGGCAACAGUAAGCUCACAACUGCAUUUGCCCAACUCCUCAUCACCGUCUUCCAAAGGAGCAACGUUAAUACCGUUCAUUAGUUUGCAUCCAAUUUCAACGCAGCAACAUCAGCAACAACAACAGCAAACACAGACGGUCACCACCAUCAGUGGUAACCAACACCAAACCAAUAUGUUGCCUAUGGAAUCUGUGCUCAUACAAAAUGCUGAGGGCAAAUAUCAAGUUGUAAAUGUUUUAACCACUGGACAGGCGCACCAUCACCAACAAAACAACGCCAGCAUUCAGCGUAUUCAUAGUAUUCCCCAGUUACAGGUAACUUCAUCGGCCAACGGCAGUAGUAACCAUAGCGGUACUCUAUUGGGUAACAUGACAACAGUGAAUAUUUUAACCAACACAAGUACCAGCAACACCACAACAGCGCCAACUACCGUAACGACUAAGAGCGCACAACAAAGUGUGCUGCUGCAUCAACAGCAACACUUACAGCAGCAGCAUCGCGUACAACAACAACAGCAGCAACAGAAGCAUCAUUUGCAACAAAUACAUGGACAACGGCUUGUUUCGUCGCAUAUAAUUACCACAUCCGCUAAUAAUACCUCAGCAGCAACUGUUGAAAGCAAAUAUGUGGCAGCCACUUCAUUGCCGCUGCAACUACAACAUCAUCAUCAACAGCAACAGCAACAACAACUGCAUAAUAGACACACACAUAAUCAACAAGUCAAACAGAACAUUGUAACAAUGCGCCCAGCCACGAUCAGCAACAACAACAAUAUGCAUCAUACACAAACACUAACACCAAUACUGUCCUCCUCGGCCACAACAAUCACGCUGUCACCGAUUAUUGUGUCCUCUUCACCAAACACCUUCAAAACGGAAAUGUUUUCCACAGAUUCCACAGAAGCGGAAUAUCUGAAUUUCACCACAGGCGCUGUCACAUCAACGAGCGUGGCGCAUAGCGGCAGCAACAACAACUCAAAUAUGCUCUCCACCAUUUAUAGCCACAGUGGCCUGUCGAACGCAGCAACAGCCACGCGCAUAACCUCUGUGCCGUCACUGAGUAGUGGCAGCACGGGCAGCGGUAGUGGCAGCGCUAGUCGCAUGAGUCUGGGCAUGAAUAUGAAUAUCACGGGUGCGGGCUCACACAUGACACCCGCUUUGGUGGAAGUCAUUGAAGCGAGCGAUAUGUAGUUUGACAAUAAUAAGCGGAGUAGGCAACUAACACGGUAAGCGCGCGCGCUGACUUUGGCGUUAAAGAAGCGAUAUGAUCAAAAGUAAGCUAUUUAUUAUUGAGUUAAACAGGUAACUUCAGGUGUUGGGAAAGUUUGCAAUUGUAACAAGUUGAAUUGUUUAAACUACUUUUAAAGAACAAAAAGUAGAAUCAACAGCAAACUUUCUAGCAUACUUGAAACACUCAGAGCUCAGGCAAAUAUCAAAAACUGCAAGGUAUUAGAGUUUCAAAAAAAAGGGUGUUGGUUUAACGCAUUUUAUUUACACAAAGUAUUUCGAAAUAUUUUUAUACAGUUGACAUGUACCGUUGUUUUUUUUUCAAAAAAAUUUAACUUAUAUAGAAAUCAAAAAAAUAAGCCUCUUUUAGUGCAAUUAUUUAUUAUGCUUAACAAAAAAAAUACAAAGUCAACACUUUUUAGUUUGUUUGGUCUACGGCUUGGAUGUAUAUUUAGUACAAAACAUUUUUUGUUAGCUUUUCCAUUUCCAGUGAAAUGCAAAUGUGGCUUUUUUUAACUCGUAAGAGUCUAAAGAGUAAUUAAUAUUAUUUAGAAGCAGCACACAUUAGUGUUUUUAAUUAGCAGUGGCGGCUUUAGCAUAACUCAAUUUGUAGUAGACAUGUUUACGACGGACACCACAAACAGCUGGAGAAACUAAACCAAAGCUGUAAGCGAGAACCAAUAAUUUAACGCGGCAGUUGUUGUUGUAUAUAUGUAUUUAUUAAUAUUAUUUUAAUUUUAAACUAAUCAUUUAAUAUUUCAUAUUUGAAGUCUGACUGAAACUAGUUAAAUUUUAUAAUUUGUGCAUGUAAGGUUAGAUCGCGUUUUUGUCAACAAAAAAAAAAAUACUCUUUUUUAAUAUAUUUAUGCAGUCUAUACUACACAGCUGUAGUAUGCGAAAUUAGUUCAAAAACGUAAACAAAAUUUGCCAAAGCUCAGUUGAAAGCACUUUUUAAUUAAAAUUUGUUUAAAUCUUUUUUGAAACAUUAUAAUUAUUGUUUAUAAUUUUUUGUAAUGUGCGCUACUCUUAACUAGUUUUGGGCUAUAUUCCCCAACAUCAGCUACGUCUUGUGUAUUUUUUGCCUAAUUUUAGGCAUUGCUUUAUGCUUGCAAGCAAAACAUAAGCAAAUAGGCUAGUUGCAAUAUAUUUUAUAUAACAUAAUAAUAAUGUUGUUAUAUUAUAUAUAAAAUAUAUAUACACGUAUAUAUAUAUAUAUAUGUACGAAAUUUUAUAAUGAAUUAGUUUUAGAUGGUUUCGAACAAAUUGUAAAAUAAUUUUGAAUUUUUUGAUUAUAAAUUACCAUAGUUAUAUAAGUUUUUAGUGUUAACAUUAUUAGGGCGUUAAAAUAAUUUGAAUGUUUCCAACGAAAAUUCAUUGUUUUAAUUGUAGAGCAUUUUUAAUAAAUUUGUAGUACGCAUGAUUUUAAAAUUUGUAUGAAACUCGAAGCAUUUUUGAAAUGUUAAAUCUAAGUUAAAAAGGUGUAUUUAAACAAAAUCUAUCACAGCAUUAAACACAAAGCACAGACACAUAUAUACACAUUAAAAAUAAAUAUAUAUAUAUAUAUAUAUAUAUUUAUAUAUUUACGCGUAAAUUGCAUACAAUAUACAUAUUAAAUAGUGUUUAGUAGUAUGUAUGUAUGUUAAAUUUGAUUGUAUACUUUUAAAUUGGAGUAAUUAAGUUUUAAAAUGAAUCUAAAUCGAAUUGGGUAAUAAAUGUAAUAAAUUAUUAAACAAAAAAGAAAAACGAAUUUCAAUACAACACAAGCGAUACGUAACGUAAGUUGGCGACGUAACGGCAGCGUAAAUUAUGAAAAUAUGUGUGUGCUGUUAUCAUACACUGAAAAGAUGCUCGCUUGUACUUAAUCAAAGUUGUUAAUCUCAGCGCUGAGCGCAAAAACACAGCAUACUCAUUGCUCACUUUCUACGCUUCCUCGCAAGCGAGUUCAAAUUAACUCCUCCCGUCAGGCUACUAUCGCUUCAUGACGCCAUUCGUGUGCUGAGCGUUGUGUCGUGAACAGCUUAGGAGACUUGUGUUUAAGUGUAGAUUCUUCUUUUCGUGGAUGCUGUUAAAUUUUACUGAUAAAUUGUUGUUGCUAUCACAUACAUAACAAAUAUGCUUAUAAGGCACACAUGGCUGGCGUUAUCUUGCGCUUUACUACUUUGCUUGGAUCUGAGUGCGGCGCUCAUACGCGAAGAGGAUGCUGGUAAA